UUUUUUUUAUCAGAGCAUAUUACUUUAAUUAUGUCCAUGACCAAAUCCAGAAGACUUUUUAACAUAUUUUUGAGCUCAUGCUCUUGUUCUCUAGCCUUGGAAAACAGCUGCUGAAUGGCUCCACCGGCGGUGGCCAGCGUCAAAACCAUAGCUGAAACACCCAACUUAGCCUCCAUUCCUUCCUCUUACAUCUUCUCCGCCAACGAUGGUGCUGCCAAGGCAGCUCCACGAGGUGUCGAAGAUUCGAUCCCCACCAUUGAUUUCUCUCUUCUCACCAUGGGUACUCCCGAUCAACGAGCCAAAGUUGUCGAUGAGCUCGGCAAGGCUUGCCAGGACUGGGGCUUCUUCGUGGUGAUGAAUCAUGGAGUGGAGGAGAGGGUGAUGAGGGAGAUGAUAGAUAUUUGCAGAGAGUUUUUUGAUCUAACAGAGGAAGAAAAGACAGAGUACAAAACAGAGCAUGUUCUUGACCCCAUCAGAUAUGGCACCAGCUUCAAUCCUCAGAAAGAGAAGGUGUUGUUCUGGAGAGAUUACUUGAAAAUCUUUGUUCAUCCCAAAUUCCAUUCCCCAACUAAACCUCCAAGAUUCAGAGAGAUAUUGGAAGAAUACUGCAAAAGAAGCAUAGAAAUGGCAAGAGAAUUGGUGAGAGGAAUCUCAGAGAGCUUGGGACUGGAAACCUGCCAUCUAGAGAGAGCAGUAGAUUUUGAAUCGUGCUCAACUCUGUUUGCAGCAAACUUUUAUCCACCAUAUCCACAGCCAGAGCUUGCAAGGGGUUUGCCAUCUCACUCUGAUCAGUGCCUUCUCACUCUUCUUCUUCAAAACCAAAUUUCUGGCCUUCAAAUCUUGCAUCAAGGGAACUGGGUGGAUGUCAAUCCCAUUCCCAAUUCAUUUCUGGUUAAUGUAGCUGACCAACUUGAGAUCUUGAGCAAUGGGAAGUACAAGAGCGUUUUACACAGAGCAAUGGUGAACAAUAAGGCCACAAGGUUGUCUAUAGCCGUGGCAGUUGGGUCAUCACCUGAAACAGUGGUUAGUCCUGCACCUCAGUUGCUGAAUAAACUCACCAAUCCUCCUUUGUUUAAGCACAUCAAAUACACAGAUUAUAUGCAAAUGGUGCAGAGCAGCAAUCUCCAAGAUUCCUGCUUGGAUCGAAUUCGUCUACUUUGAAUCUCGAUCUCUCCUACCUACUCAAUAGGGAAGUAUUCCCGUACGUAUUUUAUUAUCUUAUUUGUACUGUUUUUGAUAGAUAAGUGUAUUCGUUAGAGUUCUCUUAUUCGGUGAUCACUAUGACAUUUAAAAUCUUUGGUAUAAUUGCAUUUGACAAAGGCAUCAAUUGCCAUAUUCUUUUCUA